UCUACUUCUCCUACCAGCGGUGUCCCCCACCCACCACCCCUUGAUUCCUGUUUUGGAAUUUUUUUCUUUGUCUUUUUUCCAUUUUUUUUUUUUUUUUUGGAUGAGCGAGAGCUCAUCUCACUGUUGUGCAAGCUUUUUUUUUAUUGAUCUCUUAGCAAUAACAAACUCUAAAUCUAACUGACUUGACUAGCUGACAUCAUGGGGGACAUGUCCAACAGCGAUUUUUAUGCCAAGAACCAAAGAAACGAGGGCAACCAUGCGGCCGUCUUUGGCUGCUCGCUCAUGGAGCUGCGCUCGUUGAUGGAGCUGCGUGGCACAGAGGCGGUGGUCAAGAUCCAGGAGGACUACGGGGACUUAGAGGGACUGUGCACACGGCUGAAAACCUCACCCACGGAAGGUCUUGCGGGGGCCCCAGCUGAUCUAGAGAAGAGAAGAGAAAUAUUUGGGAAGAACUUGAUACCUCCAAAGAAGCCAAAAACCUUCCUGCAGCUGGUAUGGGAGGCCCUGCAGGAUGUCACCCUCAUCAUCCUGGAGAUCGCUGCCCUGAUCUCCCUGGGCCUCUCCUUCUAUCAUCCUCCUGGAGACAACACUGCAGAGUCCUGUGGCGAAGCGUCAGCCGGGGCAGAGGAUGAGGGUGAAGCGGAGGCCGGCUGGAUUGAGGGCGCGGCCAUCCUGUUGUCUGUGGUGUGUGUGGUGCUGGUGACAGCCUUCAACGACUGGUCGAAGGAGAAGCAGUUCCGCGGGCUGCAGAGCCGCAUCGAGCAGGAGCAGAAGUUCCAGGUGGUCCGUGGCAGCCAGGUCAUACAGCUGCCCGUGGCUGAUAUCGUGGUGGGGGACAUUGCACAGGUCAAAUAUGGUGAUCUGUUGCCUGCUGAUGGAGUGUUGAUCCAGGGCAACGACCUGAAGAUUGAUGAAUCGUCCCUGACUGGAGAGUCCGAUCACGUCAGGAAGUCUGCAGACAAGGACCCCAUGCUGUUGUCUGGGACUCAUGUGAUGGAGGGGUCAGGGCGCAUGGUGGUGACGGCUGUUGGGGUCAACUCUCAGACUGGAAUCAUCUUCACUCUGCUGGGGGCUGGAGUGGAGGAAGAAGAAAAGAAAGAAAAGAAAGGAGGGGCAAUGGAGGAUGGACACCAGAAUGCAGACCGCUCCCAUCCCUCUACCCACCCCAUCGCCACUAUAGCCACGGAUGGGGCUGCAGGCAUUAAUGCCCCUGGCAGUGCCAGCCUAAUUAAUGGUAAAAUGCAGGAUGGCAAUAUGGAGAGCAACCAGAUUAAAGUGAAGAAGCAGGAUGGAGCAGCCGCCAUGGAGAUGCAACCUCUGAAGAGUGCUGAAGGUGGAGAGACAGAGGAGAGAGAGAGGAAGAAGGCAAGCAUUCCCAAGAAAGAGAAGUCCGUUCUGCAAGGAAAGUUGACCAAGCUGGCUGUCCAGAUUGGCAAAGCAGGUUUGCUCAUGUCGGCCAUCACAGUCAUCAUCCUGGUCCUGAACUUUGCCAUUGAAAACUUUGUGAUAGACAAGCGCCCUUGGUUGCCAGAGUGUACACCUAUCUACAUCCAGUACUUUGUCAAGUUCUUCAUCAUCGGUGUAACUGUGUUGGUGGUGGCCGUGCCUGAGGGGCUGCCGCUGGCUGUCACAAUCUCCCUGGCCUAUUCUGUCAAGAAAAUGAUGAAAGACAACAACCUGGUGCGCCACCUGGAUGCAUGCGAAACAAUGGGCAAUGCCACAGCCAUCUGCUCUGACAAGACCGGCACGCUAACCACCAAUCGCAUGACGGCUGUGCAGUGUUACAUAGGGGACGUCCACUACAAAGAAAUCCCAGACCCCGGAGCUGUGCCACCAAAAUCACUGGACUUACUGGUCAAUUCUAUUUCAGUCAACAGCGCCUACACCACUAAAAUACUGCCCCCAGAUAAGGAAGGCGGGCUACCCAAGCAAGUGGGCAACAAGACUGAGUGCGGCCUGCUGGGAUUGGUCUUGGACCUGAAGCGGGACUACCAGCCAAUCAGGAACCAGAUCCCAGAGGAGAAGCUCUACAAGGUCUACACCUUCAACUCUGUCAGGAAGUCCAUGAGCACCGUCAUCAAACUGCCUGAUGGGAGCUUCCGCAUGUAUAGCAAGGGAGCCUCUGAGAUCAUCCUGAAAAAAUGCAGUCACAUCCUGAAUGAGGUUGGCGAGCCAAGGGUGUUCCGUCCACGUGACAAAGAUGAGAUGGUGAAGAAGGUGAUUGAACCCAUGGCGUGUGAUGGCCUUAGGACCAUCUGCGUGGCGUACCGUGACUUCCCUGCCGAUCCCGAGCCCAGCUGGGACGAUGAGAACAACAUCCUCAGUGAGCUGGUGGCCAUCACUGUUGUCGGGAUAGAAGACCCUGUCAGGCCUGAGGUGCCCGAUGCCAUCCAGAAGUGCCAGCGCGCAGGUAUCACAGUGCGCAUGGUGACAGGAGACAACAUAAACACAGCCCGGGCCAUUGCUAUAAAGUGUGGCAUCAUCCACCCUGGAGAGGACUUCCUGUGCAUCGAUGGCAAAGAGUUUAACAGGAGGAUCCGCAAUGAGAAGGGAGAGGUGGAACAGGAGCGCAUUGACAAGGUUUGGCCCAAACUCAGAGUCCUGGCCAGGUCCUCCCCAACUGACAAACACACUCUUGUCAAAGGCAUCAUUGACAGCACCAUGGUAGAUCAGAGGCAGGUGGUAGCUGUGACAGGAGAUGGGACCAAUGACGGACCAGCCCUGAAAAAGGCUGAUGUUGGUUUUGCCAUGGGUAUCGCUGGCACAGAUGUGGCUAAGGAGGCGUCAGACAUCAUUCUGACCGAUGACAACUUCAGCAGCAUCGUCAAAGCCGUAAUGUGGGGACGGAAUGUCUACGACAGCAUCUCCAAGUUUCUCCAGUUCCAGCUCACUGUCAAUGUUGUUGCUGUCAUCGUGGCUUUCACCGGAGCCUGCAUUACACAGGACUCUCCACUGAAGGCUGUGCAGAUGCUUUGGGUGAACCUGAUCAUGGAUACCUUCGCUUCCCUGGCUCUGGCCACGGAGCCUCCCACAGAGUCUUUGCUGAAGAGGAAGCCAUACGGUCGCAACAAGCCACUCAUCUCCAGCACGAUGACAAAGAACAUCUUCGGACAUGGAGUCUACCAGCUUGUCAUCAUCUUCACGCUGCUCUUCGUUGGUGAGAAGAUCUUUGACAUUGACAGUGGCCGUAAUGCCCCUCUCCACUCCCCUCCGUCUGAGCACUACACCAUCAUCUUCAACACCUUUGUCAUGAUGCAGCUCUUCAACGAGAUAAAUGCCCGAAAAAUCCAUGGAGAGAGGAAUGUCUUUGAAGGCAUCUUCAGGAACCCCAUCUUCUGCUCCAUUGUGUUUGGCACCUUUGCUGUCCAGAUUGUGAUUGUGCAGUUUGGAGGGAAGCCAUUCAGCUGUCACCCUCUGGACAUUGAAAAGUGGAUGUGGUGUGUUUUCCUUGGAAUAGGAGAGCUAAUCUGGGGGCAGGUGAUAGCCACCAUACCCAAUAGCAGGUUGCGUUUCCUGCGGGGGGCGGGCCAGUUAAGUCAAAAAGAUGAGUUACCAGAAGAGGACGUGAACGAAGAAAACGAAGAGAUUGACCACGCGGAGAGGGAGCUGAGAAGAGGACAGAUCCUUUGGUUCAGAGGUCUCAACCGCAUUCAGACUCAGAUUGAAGUAGUCAACACCUUCAAGAGUGGCACCUCCUUUCAGGGGGCUGGGGCUCUGAGACGCCAAUCAUCCACCACCAGCCAGACCCAGGAUGUAACCAAUGUUUCUAGUCCUAGUCACGUGUCCUUGUCCAAUGCCCUUUCCUCUCCUACAAGCACUACUGCUGCUACUGCUCCUCCCACUACUGGCCAGUGCUAGGAGCGCAGGACUAAGGGUGAUACCCACGGC